AGAGGAUCUAGGCAUUCCUCCCGAGCUGAGCCUUGGAGACGGGGCGAACCGAGGCUGCUGCAGCGAAACCUCGCUCGCUCGCUAGCUCCCUUCUUCCCGCAGAAGAGCACGUUGCGAGGCGGCGGCGAGAAGGAGGCGAGCACCCCGCGCGCACCCAGCCAGGCGGCUUCUCCGCCCCUCGCAGCCCCCCCCCCCGCAACUCCCGGGAUCCAGAAGCUCCUGGAGAAAGAGAUCAGGCUGGCGACGGCGGGGCGACGCGUUUGACUUUUGACAAUUGGCUGGGUUUAAAAACAAACCCCAACCCCCGCCAAGGCGAGGCAACUCUUUCCGAUCCUCGCGCUCUCCCGACUCCCGGACUCGCAGCCCAUCGGAGUUGCAUCGUCGUGGCGAUCUCCUCGGAGGCUUUUUGAGUUUCGUCCUUUGGGCAAGUCGCUCGUGUUUCGCCCCCACCCGCGGCUGGGAUUUUAUUGGGUCCUGCGGUUUGGAGUGGCGCGGAGGAUGACCUCGGAGAUAGGUUCGGGAGCAGCUGGAUCCUCCUAAGGGAGCGCGGAAAGUUUUUGCUCUCUGCCCUCCGCGGUCUAGCAAGAUCCCCGCUCCCCCCACUGCGCUUGGACACGCUGCACCUUCUCAAAGAAAAGACGUCGAAAAUGAAGAAAAGUUCUCCUGGGGCCAUUUGGCAGUUUCCUUGGGGAUCUGCGGCUGUUUGAGGAGAUAAUAAUAACAAAAACCGCAACAAGGGCGGGGGAGAACAGGAAAAAGUGGGAAGCCCCCCACCCCACCAAAAAAUUGGCCCCAUUUUCUUGUGACUCUUUUUGUAACAACCCUCUCCUCCAGCCCCCACCUCCACCUCCCACCCCUUUGCUACGCCCGCUCUCCCCCCCCACCCCUUUUCCACAGUUCCCCAUCUAUAAAAGAGGGUUUUAUUCCUGGGCUCCAGUCUCACGCCAAACCCUGUCAUACCGUCUAGACAUGUUGUCGUGGGUCUAAGUCCAGCUGUCACCAUGGGGAUGGAGGCCGGUCCUCUGUGAAUUUUUUGGAGAGAGAGAGGAGAGAAGGAGAAGCCGAAGCAGGGGGGGGGGGGUUUGGAACGGCCAAGAGCCAGAAAGAAUUGGGUUGCCCUUUGGGGAGGCUGUUCGCAAGGAGGGGGCGGCCGCUUUCCGCCCACCCCGAUUCUCCUUUCCCUGCCACCCCAUUUUCUCUCUCCCCGCUCACCAUGCUUGAUUAGUAGCAGGGAGGGAGUGCCAAGGGGGACCUUACAUGCGUCUGUCAUCUAACCCCUUGGCGAUCUAUUUAAAGCCAGAGGCCUUGCUGGACUUUGUCUCAGCCUAUUUAUGAACCCCUUGGACUUGGCAAGUGGGGCCGUGGAGUAUUAACAAUCGGCGAAAGGGGGCAGGCAAGGAAGAAGCAAGUCGACGGUAGUGCCUGGGUGCUCUCUGGGGCUGGUGGUGGGGACCCCCUGUCUUGCAUUGCGCCCUCGGACUGGGCUGGGCUGGGCUGAGGAGAGCAUGACGGCCCCCCAAGCUCUCCUGCUCUGCUCUUGCUUAGCAUUGCUGCUCCAGCCGGGCUCCUGCCAACCCUACCUGCGGCUCCGGCCCUCCCCCAGCGACAACCUGCCCGUCAAGGACAUCAUCGAGCAUCCUGACCCGGAGUAUGACCCCAAGGAGCAAGACCUGGAUGAGCGGACUUUGAGGAAGAAGCUGGGCAGCAACUUUGACCCCAGUUUCAUGUCCGUGGCAGCCCCAGCCCAGGGCAACAACCUAUCUGCUUCGGAUGCCCUGCACCGGUUCAAAGGCCUUGGCCCGCUGCCCAAUGAGCUGAAGAAGCUGGACCUGGGUGAGACUCCCUAUGGGACCAGGCUCAAGAUGGGCAAGAAAGCCCGUCGGAAGUUUCUGCAGUGGCUUUGGGCAUACACCUAUUGCCCAGUGCUGUACACCUGGAAGGAUCUGGGACUGAGGUUCUGGCCUCGCUACAUCAAGGAAGGGAACUGCUUUGCGGAGAAGUCCUGCUCCUUCCCCGAGGGCAUGUACUGUAAGCCAGUCAAGUCAGUCACCAAGACCUUCCUGAGAUGGUACUGCCAAGGGUGGUCGAGGCAGAAAUAUUGCACCUGGAUCCCUGUCCAGUACCCUGUGAUUUCAGAAUGCAAAUGCUCCUGCUAGCCUCAGCUUUGGGGUGUCCUGCUGGAUCUAAGAGACCUCAUUGCUUGUGUGUGUGUGUAAAGUGUGUGGGUAUGUGGAUGAACUGCCUUUCAGAACAACCCCAGUCCCUAGACACUGUUCUGGAAAUCUCACAUGGGGGACUUGUCCAAGAGGCCUUGGCAUCCUGAGAACCUCCAAUCAGAUUGCUGAUGGAUAUGACAGGUGUCCGUAAUCUUGCAACUUUGAUUAGGGAUUGUUUUCAUUUUAUUUUUUUACGAUUGAAUGAAGAACUCGGUUGUCUCCUAGUGGACCUUGUGCUCCCAAGAUAAGGGGACAUAGAAACUUUUGACACACGAGACCUUGCUUAUUCAUUUCUCAGUCCUGCCCCACCCUGUCCCAGCAACCCCUUGCACUGUAUUUCUUUUUUUAAUUAUUUUAUUUUAUUUGAAAUGGGAAAAGCAAAACCUGAAAGGAACUGCAGUGCAGGCCCAAGAAAAGCUAAGCACUACAAUAAGAUGUUUAUUUUUAUACAUAUAUAUAUAUAGCAUUCUAACAAGAGGAAAAUUACCAUCCUUUGUAAAUAUAGAGAAUUUAAAAGGGGGGAAAGAUCCGCUGUGUUUUUCUGGUUAUUUUUAUUAUAAUUAUAAUUAUUGUUGUUGUUAAUUAUUAUAAUUAUUAUUAUUAAUAAUAAUAAAAUGGUGAUGAUACAGGACCACAUGUUGAGCCCAACCCUUUCAAAAUGGAACACUUUCCUUCAGCAUAAGGGAAGGGAGAUAUUUUCCCCAGAAAGACGGUUUAUGAUAUCCGUCCUUCCCCCACAAACCCCUUGGGAAGGUGUUUAAUUUCCGUUUCCUGUAUAUUUUUGUUUGUUUGUUAUCUUCUGAACUUGUCACUGAUCUUCAGACUAAUAUUCAAAGUUGUCUAGGUUUUAAAAAAAAUAUGUAUAUUGAUUAAGGAGAUUUUUUUAAAAAAAAAUUGUAUGAAGUUAUGAAAGAGUGAUGGAUUGUUUUGUUUUGGAAUACAUAUAGUAAUGUAGAGAUGUUAAAAAGAAAUUUCUUGUGUACAGUUUAUUUAUUUUUUAAUGUUUGUGUAUAGGAGGUGUUGGGGGCGGGGAGCUGGAGAUUAUGCCAGAAAAUAUUGAAAAUGUUUACUUGAAUAUUCCUUUUUCAACAUAUCAGUGUACAUAUCAACCAUGACUGAUCAAAACAUUUUUAGCAAUAAACUCUGUCUUUGAAGAAA